CACCUAGCGGAAAUUAGCGUCAACAGCGGCCCCCGUCAGAUGUGACGCAUUGAUGGCAUUACGUGCGGGAGGCGUCUGUGUUGUUCUUAAAUGACAGCUAGCCGGGCGGGCCUUGUUUCAAAUACUUACUGAAUAUAGCGCCAUGUGUACGACCUGUUCUGCGGUUGGGUGCAGGAACAUGCCCCCGACGCCCGGAGUGAGCUUCCACACGUUCCCCAAGUGUCCCAAGUUGCGCAGGCUGUGGGUGCUGGCCAUGAAGCGCGAUUGCUGGCAGCCCACACCGAGCAGCAGACUCUGCUCGGCGCACUUCAGGGACGAGGACUAUGUCCACGACCCGAGCAUCGCCCUGCGAAUGGGGUUCGAACCAUUCUCGAAGCUUUUGAAGCCCGGCGCCGUUCCCUCUGUUUUCGACCACAAUCGCAAAAAGGUGAACAAGAUUCGAGGAGCUUUCGAAAAACGCCAGCGAAAGGAGAUCGUCAAUGAGGCCUUGGCAGCUUACGAAGCAUCACCUGCAGCACUUCGAAGCACUACGUCACACUUGUGCCAGAAGCAUAUAAAAUGCUGUGACAAAGUGAACCAAAAAGAGUCCAUCUCCAUUGGAACGAACACGCACCACCCAAAGCGCAACCAAGGCCUGAUGACAGAAAGGCCCAUGCUUCGGAAUGCAGCCGUGCAGACUGGCAAACAAGUCAUUUCAACGACGACCUUGUGUGGAAUCCAGCUCACACAUAAAAGAAAAGGAAAAAGAGGGCAUGUACAAAGAAGAUAGAAACUGAAUGGUUAACUUGGUCCGACUAUAAAAGGUUCAUAUGUGUUUCUUUUGAACUGUGCUGCAAAUUUGACAUAAAAAUUGUAACAGCGCAAACACAUGCAACCACAAAGUACCAAGGACGAGACACAAGCGCUGACACAAUGUGCUGCAAAUGCCCCCUUCUAACUGUAAGUGGUGAUAGACUGUGUGAAAGUCUACCAUUACAUAAGCAUUUGUCACACAUGUGACACAUUUAUCAAAGAUAAGCAUGUUAAUGUAUGACAUAAAUCUGUCAAAGGUGCAUAAUUUUGUUGCAAGGCAUUCAUAUUCCAUUAAAAUAAAGUAAGCGUGGCAAGAUAAUGCCUUGUGCACCUUCUAGUGUGUCAUUGCAAUUACACAGCAAUGCUAUAUCGAUUUAGCAUACUGUAAAUCAGGUAACGUUUGCUUAUAAAAAUAAUUGAGUUUACGACCCAGAGCACGUCCACGAGUUAGUUAUUGGCUGCAGGUGUUAUGAGAAACGAAGAACUGUUCAUUUAUCAUUGGUGAGGAAAGUAAUCAAAUAUGGCAACGUUUUAAGUAAAAUGGUCAUGUGAAACAAUACUUUGUGCAUUUAAGUAGAAUGAGGCCAUAUUGCAUAUGUACGAAGUUCAGUUUAUGUGUAUCUUAUUAUCCGUGAAUUUUAAUGCAUUAGGUUUAAGAGGGUCAAAGUGGGAAAAAAAUGUGUGCAAAAUGAGGGAAGGCGGUCACGUGGUACAGGUAGAGAGGAGUAUAUCAGAAUGUCAGAACUGGGUUGGGGCCUUGAAGACGCUAUCCAGAAACAUGAAUGAAAUAAAAUACCUUGACAAACAGGACUUCAGUCAGUGAAACCAAUCUUUAUUUUUUAUCCGCACAAGAACUAUGCAGAUUGUGGAUCUGCCCACAUGAUAUUACAAAAAUAGACUGAUGAGUUCGCCUUGUCAUCUGUUUGCAAGGGGUCGACAACCUUUCACUUCUGGCCAAGCAGUAGCGUGAUCAUCAAGUCAUCAGUGCAAGCAACAGGAGAGGAGUGAUUGCUUAAUAUGGGGGUUCAUUUCAACAGAAACAUGUAUUCUAAAGACAAUGGAAUCAUUCUUAAUACUGUAAUAACAGCUGUAUGUUAUGAAUACAAUCAACAUUUUAUCUCUUUCGUUUUCCUAACACCGUUGCCUUUCCGAUGAUAUAUAAUUGUAACAGUGCUUGAUGAGUGCACAUGUGCUUUUAUAUUAUAAUCAAUGCAAUAGGAGGAGUGUGCUCCAUCUUGACAUUCCACAGUUGUGCGUAUAGAGCCUGGAGCGGUCAUGCAAUGUUUUGCGACAGUUUGUUCACUUCAGUGUGGUACUUCAAAAACAAAAUGUGCACCGGAAAGAGUUAAUUAAAUCCAGGAUAAGUCGCCACUUAAUUGUUUACCUUCCCACCACUGGGAACAACUGCCUGUAAAACAAGUUGAGUACUCAAAUGUUAUAUCGAUUAUACACGUUACACAUCACCAUCCUGGACUUCUACCCCGAUGAGGCAUCCCCUUCAUGCGGUGACACUCGCACGCAUGUUCUGGGAGUGUAGAAACACUUUGCCUGACUCUACCUCGGACAAGUGGGAGAAGAUCCUAUGAAGCACGCUACUCCGACCAGCAAUGGGCCAUCUAGCAGGCCUGUGCAGUGGCCGCUAGGUACUCCCUGUCGGUCCCUGCGUGGGAGAUGCCCAAUGCGUGCCGACGCGCGUCCUGCGGGAACUUUAAUAACGUUUAUACAAUCCAAAUACUCAAAUGUGUACACAUCUAUAGAGGGUACGCACAUUGUCACAUAGUAUAUAAGAUUUGUAUUUGGGCACCCAACCUGUGUGGUUCUCUUGUCAAUCUGAGCUUUUCUUUUCUUAUUGAAUUCCAUUCAGCUUACCUUGUCCCACCUUGACAAGCUGCAUUACUAAAGACUGUGGCACAUGUUCUAGUGAAACGGUAAGCGUAAUUUGUGGGAAAAUGAGAUUCGGUAUGUGUUGUACUAUUCCGCAACAUUCUGUUGUGUGCAUGUGACGGUCAGUGCUAGCUAUCAUUGAUUAAUGAAGUUAGGGGGUCAAAUGUGGAUUCGAGCCCCUUCUGGGAUCUUCACUAUGCUUGGAACUACACUUUUGUUAAAGUGUUUUGGUGUGCCAAAAUCUUCUUUACAGCAAUAGCUGUAUAAGACACACCUAGUGGUGGUAUGCUGUUGGCUGAACGCAACAGCUUAUUGUCAGCUACUCCAAAAAUACGAGAAAAAAGAAACUACGAAGGUUGUCAUGGGAACUACUGGACUAAAACUGAAAUCCCAUAGUGAACACCAGCGAGUUAACCCAUGUUGCACAAGAAAUGUGUGCUCCUUUUGCUUUCUUUUUCUUCUUUUGCACAGACUCUGGAAUUGAAGCUGCUGCCCUGCAAAAUAAAAGGAUGUUGCUAGUCACUUUGCAGUUUUCCUUUCUUAAAUCUGCCAUCUGGCAGUCAGACUACAAGCAGCGACAUCUGUGAAAAUUCAAAUAAAGAUAUACUGCACCCCAUGUA